CUGAUGUAAAAAUAUAUACCUGUAUCGAAAAUAUUUCUAAACAGCUGAAAUAUCUGUUUUUUUAUUAAGCAGGCGGUCUAAAUAAAAACUGCCGAAAAAAUUGAGUUCUGGUUUCACUGACGCUCCGCAGUCUAAUGGCCAUGGAGAUCAUCACAAAUCCAAAUCGCGGUACAGCCGAGAGCCCAUUUCCUUCUUCCAUGCCUUCUUCCAUGCGACAGCCAGCCCUGCGACGCGCGCUCAUCUAAAAACGUGCCACUCAGCGGCAGUCGUGUCAAAGUCCGCGUUUUUUGUUGUUCUAGCAUAGUUUUUUUUGCAGUCGCCGUGCCUGUGCUUUUUUUCUUGUAGCUUCUCUGCAAUUCAACUGAAAUGGCGCAGGCUUGCUCCGAGGAUGACCUCAGUGGGGGGAAGACAUACAGCAUCGUUCUUUUUGAAGAUGAAGAUGAAGUUUCCGUCGUGCCCACUUCGUGGAUUUCAGAAAACACAGUUAGGUGGCCACCAUUUAAGAGCACCGCAAAGAUAACUACUGCCAUCAAAGAGCAACAACCACCAUCAAGCGACUGGACUAGCUACAGAUGUCGAGUGUUGUGGACAUGUGGCAGCUAUGAAAGUGCUAGACAAAAAGAGCAGCAAGCAGAAUUCACAUCAGAUUUGGCCUCAGAUGUUGAAACAAUUCAGCAAAGGCGGAAGAGGCGGCCACCAGCGCGCCUGGAGUCUUCAGAUGAAGAGAGCAUCGACUUUCCUGUUCCUCUACGAGGACAGUGCUUUAAUUCUUCGCAACAAACUGCGAAGUUUGUUUCACGACCACCACCGCCAAAAAUUGUGAAAUUGUCACGGUUCAAGCCCCAGUCACUUGCUUCACAGGAUCCCCAGAUACAAAAGGCCCCACCUAGCCGGGAAGUGGCUUUAGAUGAUGGCGAUUCUUUUGCUGAAAAAAGGAAGCUUGACCAAAAUGCCAUGCUUGGAAAGUUGCUCAAGGAGGUGAAGGGAAUAAGAGCUCAGGUAGAUGGCCUGGAAAAAUCCAUCCAAAGGAUAGAGCAAGCCAUCACAGAAAAUAAACAACCGUGUGCACAACCUGUCAGCAGUGCCAUUCUUGAACUGCUUCCCCUGGCAACUCAUCAGAGGCUGGAAGAAUUGGAGUGGCAGCUUCAUGAUGAAAAAAACAGGACAGACCUCAUGGCCCAUUUAUCGCGAAUCGGUGGCACAUCAGUGCAAGAUUCUGUACGCAAAAUUAUGCGGAGAUGCAUGUGUGACACGUUGGCCCAGGACUUUUCUCUGACUGGGAGAAAAGGAAAAAGGCCAUUUAUUGGGCUAUACCUGCUCCAAGUCCUCACAGAAACGCUGAAAAGCAAUUUCGCACAGGCCACGGAGUCACAAAUACAUCUUUCGAUUGCCGAAUGGCUCCGUUAUGCACCAUCAAGACAGAAGAAACGGGAUGCAGCUUCGCCUUUGAUGUCAUGAAUCAGACCAUCAUCAUGAGCAGCUGGAGGCCACCAGGGGACAAGGGGACAAGAAGUUUCUAGAUGUGCUGAAUUUUUGAGGCAAAUGUUGACAGUACUUUAAAUUUGUAGUUUUCCAGUGCAACGGCACAUGGCCAAACAAGGGAUGAAGGAGACUUGGAAGAAAACAGUGCAGCAACAGGGACAAGACAGAAGACUGUACAGGUGCUGACUAGCAACUGAAGGUUUAUUGAAAAGGAAAACAUAAAAUAUACUCCCUUUACAACCUAGAGCACGCAUGGUCUACACCAACAACUCUGAUAAGCUGUCAGCUUCAGUUUUGGUGGUCAGCUACAACAGUUCGCAGUGAUGAACGAGGACGGAUGGGGUCCGCAACACAUGCAACACAUGCUAUUCUUGUUGUGUAAAUAGUUUACUGAAGUGUUUGAUAUUUGUAACAUGCAAGUUCAGAGGUG